AUGGCGGCCGCGAUGAAGGAGCAGAAGACGGGACUGCUGGAGCUCCGUGUGACGGUGGACCGCUGGACCCGGGUCCUGGCCACGCUCACCGGGGACACGCUGACCGUCAACCCGGGCGAGGGAGCCGACGAGCCCGCCAAGCCCGGCCCGAGUCCCCCCGGCGGCGGCGGCGGAGCCCUCAACGGAGACCCCCCGAACCUCAGCUCGUCCCCGGUCCCGGAAACCAUCACCAACGUGAAGCGGACCGUGCGGGUCACCAAGCAGGAUGUCGGCGGACUCGGGAUCAGCAUCAAAGGUGGGCGGGAGAACAAGAUGCCAAUACUUAUCUCCAAGAUUUUUAAGGGCCUGGCUGCUGACCAGACUGAGGCUCUUUACGUUGGUGACGCCAUUCUGUCUGUCAAUGGUUAUGACUUGAGGGAGGCCACACAUGAUGAAGCUGUGCAAGCGUUGAAGAAAACUGGCAAAGAAGUCAUCCUUGAAGUGAAGUACAUCAAGGAGAUGUCGGCCUUCUUUAAAAACUCGGGUUCUCCUGGGGCUGGCCACCCCUGGGACUCUCCCCCCUCCACACCUCAGAGGGGCACUGAUAUCUUCCCUGCUGAGGUGAAGGAGCCCCGCAGCAUCCCGCUGAAGAUGUGUCAGGUGUCUCGGAAACAGUGCCCCCCAGACACAGAAAACAGGUAUUUCGAGGUGAUUUCAUCCAACAGAAAGAACUCUGUGUUCCUGCGUGCAAAGGACCCUGCCAUGGCCCAGUCCUGGUACAAUGGGAUCCAGGCAGGCGCUGCCAACCUUUUACCGGGAGUGAAGGAGGAGAUGAAGAGCAUGCAGCCUGGCAUGGAGGUGAAACAUCUGGGCUGGAUCGCAGAGCAGGUGACUCAGGGUCCGGAGAGACCAGUUAUGGCUGUGUUGACUGACAAAGACCUGCUCCUGUAUCCCACCUUGCCUGAAACCAUAGACGCCUUCAUCAACCCCUCCAAGAGUCACCCGCUCAUCACCACCAGACUGGUCCACUCUGGUCCAGGAAAAAGUUCUCCUCUCCUGGACUGUGAGCUGUCUUUUGGCCUGCGCUCGGGGACCAAGCAAGGCGUGGAGACCCAUGUGUUCAGAGUGGAUUCUGCCAAGGACCUGUCCACAUGGACUCAUCUGCUGGUGGAGGGCAGCCACAACGCUGCUGAGCUCAUCAAGGAGGUCACCACGGCCUGUAGCUGGAACGGGAAGGAGUGCAACCUGGGAGUGCACAUCGACGAGGGCUUCACGUUAUACACAGAGGAGAUGGGUGUCAGGAAAAGUGUUCUGCUCCAGCAGCCCUUCGAGCGCCUGAGGAUGUCCUCAGACGACGGAGUACGGAUGAUGUUCCUUGACUUCGGAGGCCCAGAGGCAGAGAUCCAGCUGGACCUCCACAGUUGCCCUAAGACCAUAGUCUUCAUCAUCCACUCUUUCCUAUCUGCAAAAGUCAAGCGACUCGGCCUCCUGGCAUGAUAAAGGCCAACCUUCACAGAACAUCAACAAUAGGGUCUUCAAUAAGAACACACACACCAGAGGACUGGGCCGAGGAAAAGAUGUUCACUUAUCACUUCUUUUCAGAUUUCCUCGGCCUCUAAGACCAUUGUCUCUGGUCUGGCAUCUUCUGGUUAUUGUAGUGGGAGGAAGAGAAAAACAGCAGCAUUGAUGGACCUUUGUUGAAUUUGUAGUUGUGAGGUCAAGAGAGUUUUUUGCCACUGAAGGGAUCUGACUUCUGUUGAGUCCGUCACGUAGGUCACAACACUUUGUGAUGCUAAACUACGUGAUCACAGCAGCUCGCAUCUUAAUGUUUUUAAGCUUGAACACCCAAACAUUAGAUUUUUCUCUUUGGUCCCAUUGUUAAGUUUAGUUUUGUUGGAUGAGUCACAGCCGAGCUUUAUCACCAACAUGCUUUCAUCUUUCAAUCGUCGCUCAGAGAAAGUUAUUUCACAAAUGUCCUGAUUGAUGUUGGACUAACAGUUUUUUGUUGUGAAGGCAGCUGCUCGAUCAAUGGUCUGUGCUGAACAAUUAAACAACACGCUGUGGAUGUGGAUGCUUAA